GCUAUGAUUAAAAUGGAACGUGAAUAAGUAAAAAAAAAAAAAAAUAGCUAUAUGGUAUUUGAAUUUCCGGAGUCCGUAAAAGCGACAUGGCGUGUGAGUGGUGUGUGAUUGGUGCAGAAUGAGGAAGUCGCCGGCAGAGCUAACGUUCGUCUCCGACUGAAAAUGACCCGCCGAUCAGUUCCAACCAAUUUUCAUUAAAUGCAGAAAGCAAACAAUUCCUGUGAGAAGUGCUCGCUUAAUUUAAAUUCGCAGACCACCGGAAAUCGUGUUUUUAUCCCUACAUGUCAUUGAAGUGACGUCACAUACCCGGAAGCCAUUGGUUGCACCACCGGCUUCUGGUCACCUCCCAGCGCGUCGCAUCCGAUGUUAGCGUUUCAUUUUGCAACACACGAGACAUGUUACUGUUGGUGCUGGGAGGGCUCCUGGUGCUCUUCUGCACCGUGGACGUGUGGUACUUCCUGCGGGCGGUGCAAGUGUUUAUCCAAACCCUGUUCCAGCCUAGGAUAAAGGACGUGCUGGCGGAGCAACGGGUGGACGGCGUGGUUCUCCCCCACGACGUGGACUACAAGGGCCACAUGAACAACUCUCGCUACCUGCGGGAGUGUGACUUUGCUCGCUUCCACCACUACAUGCGCAACGGGCUCUUCAUGGCCCUGUGCAGGAUGGGGGCCAAGAUGGUGGUGGGGGCCUCCACCAUCCGCUACCGCCGUUCCUUGGCGUUCGGCGAGGCGUUCGAGAUCUGCACCAGGGUGCUGGGCUGGGAUGACAAGGCCUUCUACUUGGAGCAGCGGUUCUUGUCCAAGAAGGACGGCUUCGUGUCGGCCGUGUUGCUCUGCAGGCAGAACGUGGUGCACAGCAGCCCGGAAAAGAUUAUUGAGUAUGUCUGCAAAAAGAAGAUCGAAUGUCCUCAGCUGGGCGACGACGUGAAGCACUGGAUUAAUUUCAUUUCAGCCAACAGCCAAGCCCUGAGGGCCGAGAGCAGACUGGAGGAGAAGAAGGCCGAGUGAUUGGCAGUAGCAGUACAGUACCAAACACAGUAGGAGAGGGCCGCCACCGGGGGGGGGUCCCGAUGAUGUUCCGCUGGCCUCGUUUCUGCCAUCUAUUAAUUUAUUUUUAUGUAUAUGAUGUACGACGGAGAUAUGAUGGGGAAACAGAGUGAUACGUUCGUACUCGAUCUCCCACAGAGAUCCGUGCGUGGUUGAAACGGGAGAAUGUUUGUGACUCUCAAUAUUUAGUUGUGCAUUAUUUGUUGCAAAAAGGAGUAAAAAAAAUGCACAAAAAUCAAUUUUAAUGUGUUACUAUGACCUAAAGGGAUCAUCUGCUGUUUUUUGUUAAUUUAAGGAUGGCUCGAAGCUACGUCGUCAACUUCGUAUAAAAAGCCGUUCGUGUAAUGUUGCAGGCAACUUUGGAAGACAAUACGUAAAGAAUAAGAAAUAUUUUUAAUACUUUGCACUUCAUCUUCAGACCAAAACGAUGUUUGUAUUUUAAUUAUCAGCGUCGAGGGGGAGGUAUGAAUGUUAUUUGUUGUUUCCGCGCUGAUUGAGUGUUGGUGAGUCUUGCGUUGCUUUUUAGGUUCCUUUUUAAGUUAUUCAUGGAAUGGUUGUAAAGUAUGAAUAAUAGUAUUCUCAAAUAAAAUUGCACUCCAGUC